AUGUUGAGUCGCAAAUUCGGGAAGGAGGUGACGAAUUAUUUUGCUGGGCUGCCGUUCAAUCGAGUUGGGUUCCUUCGGGGUGACCAUACGUUCCUGAAUGCGGCAGUGAAGCACCCUUCCACGUCGUUUCUGCUGUUUCAGAACAAUGGACCACUCGUCAAGGACGAGUCCAAACUUGCAUUCGUCUCCUACAAGGAUGUGGCGCCUCUGGUCGGCAAUGAUCCAUUCCGGGGCAGUGAAGCCCAGCUGAUUGAGGAAUACAAUUCGACUAUCACGAGACCGUUGCUGGUCCUGCUUGGGCUGGACGAAAGACAGAAAAACGGCAUCACGUACAAGUCGUACUCUGGUGCGCCGUACUUUGCCCUGGAUGUCACUCCGAAGGGGACUAUUAAGGAACAGGCAGAGUCGGUGAUCUCCGCUCUGGAGGCGAAAGGGCUGAAAUUCUUCCAUGGUCGUUCGCACAUGAAAUUCUCCCCGGAAGAAGCUGCCAUCUUUGCGAUGGGACGAGCUGUCAUCGACUGGAACAACCGCAAUCCGUUCUGCUCACAGUGUGGGCAACCGACCCUUUCGGUCCAGGCCGGCUUCAAGAGAGCCUGUCCUCCGAAGGACCUGGCGUCAGCAGCUGCUGGAUCGGCCGCGGUGGAGCGCCCGCCAUGUGCAGCGAGAAACACCAUCUCCAACGUUUCAUUCCCUCGUACGGAUGCAUCCAUCAUUGUCGCAGUCGUGUCCAACGAUGGGAAGCGGACCCUGCUUGGCCACAACAACCGUUGGCAACCAUGGUGGUACAGUACCUUGGCCGGAUUCUGCGAGCCAGGCGAGUCGGCCGAAGAAGCUACACGGCGCGAAGUUUACGAGGAGACCGGAGUUCGCAUCGGUCGCGUCGUCAUCCACAGCACGCAACAAUGGCCAUACCCGUCGAGUCUGAUGAUUGGCGCGAUUGCACAAGCUCUCCCCGGAGCGGAGGAAAUUACCUACCACGACAAAGAGCUGGGAGAUGCGAAGUGGUUUGACUUGGCCGAAGUUGAGGAGGCGUUGAACCUCCGGGCGAUUCCUAUGGGAGAACCGGCACCUCCACACUUUGCUGAAGGGAAACUGAGGGUUCCACCGCCCACCGCCGUCGCGCAUCAGUUGCUUAGGGCCAUUGUGAAUGGCUAUGUGCAGUAG